AACCUGGUGAAGAAGAAAUCUGCAUUUGAUUUGAAGUGCGGAAUGUUAAGCGACAGAAAUAAGAAGAAAAAAAAACUCCAGAGAAAAGAACGCAUCAUCUGUGCUACGCAAACGACGACGUUGUGCAGAAGCGCAGAAUAGUUCUUUUGGCAAACGACGACGCAGAGGGUUGUUCUCUCUGCUUCGAGUUAAGGGGCGAAUGGAGAAGGAGAAGGGCUGUGUGUGCGCUGUGGAUGUCAAACGGUAGGAGCGGCAAGCCAAGUGAAAACCCCCCAAGUGAAAACCCCCCAAGUGAAAACUCCCCACGUGAGCUACACCCCACACGUGAGUUACUCCCCCCACCGGUCACACCAUGAAAUCGCUGAAACUUAAGGGGUUGGUGAAGGGGAAGGACGAGGGGUACUACAGCCUCGUCACGGUCAUAAGCCUGAACGAUGAGGAGCUGGACGAGCGAAUUCUUCAAAGGGAGGAAAGCGUAAAGGCCAACUGGGCAGCCAUCAAAGGUGCCAAGGAAAUUAGCAAAAGUGAGAAAAAGCUCUUUGGAGCAAUUAUGAGGAAUGAAAGAGUCCGCUUAAGGAUAAAAGGGAAUAUAAAAAGAGUAACCCGUAGGAGGAGAGAAGAUCUAAGAGAGCACUGCCGGGCGGAAAUACUUAAUGGUUGUUUGGAUGGAGACGUAAGUGGUGAUAAGGAAGGUAUGAACCAAAUUUUAAAGUACCUGGAGAAUGUCAAGGGGGUAAGAUUUCACGGGAACGUCGUUAGGAAGGGGAGAAGCAGGCGUGGAGACAGCGUAGAGGAGGGCGCCUUCGAUCGGUUGAAUGCGCGAGGCGAUGUUGGCGAGGGGGAGAGGUUGCGCAGGGGUCACCUCGUAUGGCGCUGGGGGGGGCGAGCCAGGGGAGAUGCAAACGGGGGAGAAGUAAAAAUGGGAGAAUUCAAACGGAAAGAAGCAAACGCAGAAAAGGCAAACAGGGGAGAAGCAAACCUGGAAGAGGCAAACCCGGAAGAGACCAACCUGGAAGUGACCAACCGAACGAACGGCGACCCUCCCGUGGAAGACGGCAGGGCGGGGCUGCCCCAACUCCGCAGGGUCAAAAACAAGGCCAUUCAAAAAAAAAGAGAAAAAAAAAAAAGUGUAAAAACUAGCCAAAACGUACCCACCAAACCGCUAACCACUAACGAGGUAGCGGAAAAGACACUAAGAAGGACCUUUCGAGAAAUUAAAAUGUCGAUGAAGGAGUUGCAGAAGCCGAGUGUAAUCAUCCAAUCACCACAGAGAGAGAUUUAUUAUAAAACGAAGCAAGAAGAGAGACACAGCGUCAUCUACAAUUUGAAACAAGGCAAAUGUGUUAGUAGGCCAAGGAACAACUGCCCCAGGAAGAAGAGCCCAAACUAUCAGCAGCUUAAAAUGUAUUUCAAUGGACUCUUUCAACAUAUUAGAGGAGGGAAGAAGGGAUCAGCAUCAGCCAUGGGUUCUUCUCCUUCCAAAGGGAAAAGCAUCCCAACUGAGGGGUUGGCUUCCAUUGGAGGGGCAGUCACUGCAGGCGGUGCAGCGGAGCAGGGGGAGGCCCUCCUCUGUGCCUCAGGGGAAGAAGACACCCUGGAGAUCACUUGUGAUGACGACUUCUCACAGAAGAAGUUUCUCCUGAAGGAGAAGAUUAAGGACGAGUACAGGAGGAGGAGGAAGGGCUCCAGCUUUUACAACGGCGGUGGCGGCGGCGAGGACGAUGGGUUCUUUGCUCCCAAUGGGGGAACCGCCCCCAACGAGAGACGCAGCACCAAAUACGUGUUCGACGAGACGGCCCUCAGCGAGAGCGACCUGGCCAAUUUGGAGUACCUGGUCAGCGUCAAGGGGAGGAACGAGCGGAGGUACCGGUUUCGCGGGGAGAGGUCAUCGGUGAGGCAGCCAAACGGUAAAGAAGCGGGGGCCAACGGAGAAGCUCUACCCCCCCUGGCCAAACCUCCCAUUCCACCCCCUCAGGAGUGCUCAGCUUUGCCAAACAAGCAAAUUGGAGAGAGUCCCCCAGGAGGAAACUUCCCGCCACCCGGAGGAAACGCGAACGAAGAAAGGGCCCAAACGGAAGAGAAGUUAAAUGGCUCGAAGGGAGACAAAACUGAGCCGUGUAGGAAGGAACCCAUUGGGGUGGCCACACAUGUAGGUGCCUCCGCCGAGGGUCCCACGAAAGGGAAUGCCCCUAAUGGGGGAAGAAGCUGCUCUGAUGGGAGUAAUCCACCAGAAGGGGGUGAUAACGACAUGGGAAAAAAAAACGAAAAUGGUCCCCCACAGUUGGACGGAAAGAAACAGCUGACGGGCAUUAUGAAGUCCACCUCGAUGGUACUGAAGCAGCAACAUGGUGGGAAGGAAAGCCUCGUGGAAAGAAGGAAGGUCAUCUUGGGGGUUAACAAACUGGUGGGUGAUGCUCCGAAGGGGGUGCAGGCUACACCGGGUGGCUGUCAAACUGGUGAGGGUGAAGCGGAAAAAGAGGACGCCGCGUUGGUAGAUGAGAAGUCAAAGUCCGCCGUUUUGGGAAAGAACUCCGCAAAGGUACCCCCUUCUGGGGGGGUGAAGACGGCACAUGAAGCACCAAAGGAGAGUACCCCCAAGGGAGGAGACGCUUUAAAGGGGAAGAGGAUUUCCCCUCCAUUGAAAGCUCCGCUACCCAAGGGGGGUAGUAACUCUCCUCCUGGUUUGUCUAAGCAGGAGGGGGAACCCAAGAAUGUGGGUAGGUGCACUUCACCCGUGGAGGAGACCCCGGGGAGGAGCGAACAGGGGGGAGGAACAGAGGAGGUAGGCGCGGAAAAACUGGCGGCGGGGGAGAAGGAUGGCGCGCAGAGUGGUGGGAAGCCGAAAGUUGGGCGGGUUGACCUAAAGGGGGCAGGCGCGGUGAAGCCUGCGAAGCAGAUGAACGCAACGAAUCAGAUGGACGCAACGAAUCAGAUGGACGCAACGAAGCAGAUGAACGCAACGAAGCAGAUGAACGCAACGAAGCAGAUGGACGUAACGAAGCAGAUGGACGCCGCAAAUGAGAUGAACGCCGCGGAGGAAGGAAACCCGCACAUCGACGGGGCUGCCUCGAAGCAGCUCCCAAAAGGGUUGUGCAAACCGCCAAGCUUCAAAACGGGUAUCAGCAAAGGAGGUGGGAGUGAAGUCGGGAUGAAGGCCCCCCCGAGUGGGGCAGCUAAAGAAGAGGAACAAAAUGACAGUAAGGGAGAGUCUAAAAAGGAGCUGCCACAGGAGGGGGAAAACAAAGUAGAUGCAGAGGAAGGGGGGGGUUAUGUGGCUUCCUCCAACAGGGAGGCGAAGAGUGGAGGAGGUAACAAAGUGAUGGCCAGCGCGAAGGUCCCGUUGAAGCUGAAUAACAUGGCGAUGAAGAAGGCCCUGCUUGGGAAGAUGCUGGCGAAGCGGGUUCCCGGUGGUGCUCCCCCUGAGGAGGCGGCAGAGAAGGGGGAAGCGGCAGAGAAGGGGGAAGCGGCAGAGAAGGGGAAAGACACCAAAGAGGAGGAGACAGCAGAUAAGGGGAAAGACACCAAAGAGGAGGAGACAGCAGAUAAGGGGAAGGAACCCAAAGAGGGAGAGCCCAGCGAAAAGAACAAGCCCAUGGAGAAGAUAACUCCGAAGAGCAUCCCCAAGAGCAUUCCCAAGAGCAAAGUUGCUAUUCCGAAGGUGCUUCCCCCGAAAGGAGUCCCGUCAAAGGGUAAUGCCAUUUUGAAGGCAAAGGAAAAGGCAGGCAAGGUCCCGGGUGCGAAGGGAAGCGGCGAGAGGUUGGUUCUGAAGAGAAGCCUGUCCCUCAAGGGGGAAGCGGCGGAAAAGAACGCAGCAAAAGAGGGGGCGGCGGCGGCGCCGCAAGUGAGCGCACCCCCCGUGAAAUCCGUGCGAGACGUGAAGAGCACGAAAAUGGACGACGGGGUAGCCAAAGGGGUAGCCAAAGGAGAGAGCAACCUAAGCGAGAGGGGGUUCAUAGAAAACGCGGUGCGGAAAAACAUAGAAAGGAUGCUGGAAAGGGGCGAGAAUAUGAUAGUGCAUGCUGGGGAAGAGAAAGGUGGCAAGAAGGAGCCCAGCUUUGCCAGAAAGGCGGGGGAGGGUCCUAAGGGAUUGGAUGUAAAGAAGGGCAAAAGGGCGAAGGGGAGGGGCGGCAGAGUGGUAAGCGAUGAUGGGAGCGGUGGUGGAAGCGGUGGUGGAAGCGAUGGUGGAAGCGGCACUGGGAGCGAUGAUGGGAGCGACGUCCCCCCCCCCGAGGGGCGCAAAAGAUACUCAGUGACGCUCAACAAGUUUUCCCACAAAAUUGAGGUGAAGAAGAAGAGCUCUGUAGACGUGGUCGAGCUGUUGAGUGCGUUGGAUGAGAAACCGGGGGAGAGGAGCUCCGUUGGAAGUGGUGACAGUGGUGGGGAUGUCCUUGUGGAGGGUUCCACGGGGCAGCUUCCAACCGCACGUCGAAAUGGAUCACCCUGUAGGAGCGACGCAGAGAAGGUGAUGACUCCCCCGAGUGUCACCACUGCUGAGGAGUCUCCAAAGAAGACGCCGAUGGUAAAGCCCCUUGUUAAGAAGGACAUGUUGGCGAAAUUAAUUUUGAAACGGCCACUGGAAAAUAAAAAGGCGGCACCGUUGGGGGGGAAGAAGAGUGGCGAUUUUUCGAGGGGGGGUAAAGGAGGAGAGACGCAGCCUCCGAAGGGGGGAGAGGAGGACCCCCCCGAGGAAGGCAAGGACAAACAGGACGGUGAAAAGAAGAAGGAAGGCGAAGUUGAAGAGAAAGGGGAAGGAGCUCACGGGGAAGGAGCUCUCAGGGAAGGAACCCACAGGAAAGAAGCGCACAAGGAAGAGGCUCACAAGGAAGAAGCGCAAAUGGAGGAGAGACGAGAAGAAGCCCCUGUGCCCAAAACGAACGUCGUGAAACCCCCCCUUUCGCCACCCAAAGAGAAAAACGCAGCACCGGGACAAGCGAAGGGCGGCCCAAGCAAAAACAACUUUCUGGCCAAACUGCAGAGUGUAAAGAAUAAGGCCACGAUGAAGCAGUUUCCCCUGAAGAGGGUGGCGGCGCGCAAGGGGAGUGGCGAGGGAGGCAGCCCUCGUGAGGGUGGCAACACCAGGGAGGGAAGCAGCCCUCGUGGGAGUGACACCACCGGGGAGGGAAGCAGCCCUCGUGGGAGUGACACCACCGGGGAGGGAACCUCUCCAGCGAAGGAGCAGAACCCGGAAGUCAAGGCAGUGGACGACACCCCCCCGAAGGAUACCACCACCAAGCAGUUAGAUCUCCCCUCUACAAGCGAAAAAACCGCAAAUGAAGCGACAAGCGAAAAAACCGCAAAUGAAGCGACAAGUGAAGACGCCGCAAAUGAAGCGACAAGUGAAGACGCCGCAAAUGAAGCAAGUGACCACUCGGAUGGCAGUGGUGGGCCCGCGCCCGGCACAAAGAAAUGCCCGCUGAAAAAAGCGCCACCCAAAUCGAUGGCCAAAAUUUUGCCGAAGAUCCCCCCCAAAGUUAUAGUCACUCCACUUAAAGGAGUUAACGGGGCAAAAGAUAUGCUCAAGGUGAAGCCGCCCUUUUUAAACAAGCUCAAAGCAAAGGCUUUCCCCCCAUCAGGCAAGAAGGAAGAAGACACAGAAAAGGGGUUAAGCCAAGAGGAGACGCCUCCCUCCGAAGACUCUCCAUAA